AUGAUCAUGUCCGAACCCACCACAAAAGAGAGGAAGGAAGCCAUAAUGAGCUCUGUUCGACAGGAGCUGGCUCUUUCGAAUGUUCAGCAACUCAUAAACGGCGCUAACGAGCGAUGCUUUAAAACUUGUAUAACUAAGCCAGCAAUAUCGCUGUCUUCCGCUGACCAGACAUGUUUAUCCCAGUGCUUUGAUCGGUAUCUUGAAGCUUUUACUAUUGUCAGACACGCAUAUCUGGCUAGGAUAGCUCAAGAACGACAGGAUGCGCAAGCUCGUGUCUUUUAA